AUGACACCAACAACAACAAUUACGAUGGCCGUAUUCUCCCUCAUAAUAAUCAACAAAGCCGGUGGGCUAGUCUACCAGCGCGAAUUCCAACCAGGACUGCGCAAGCUCUCGACAAACGACUACCUCGUCCUGGCGGGCACAUUUCACGGUGUCCACGCCAUCACCCGCUCCAUCACCCCCAAGCUCCCCCUCGCCCCCGCCGCAGCACUCGCAACAACACCCACCACCGCGACCACACCCUCCCCCAACAAUGUCGUUUCUCCCUCCGCCACAUCAUCAACCCCUACCUCUUCUACAGCCUCAUAUUCGUACCCGAACCCCGGAGUACCCGCGACGGGUCUCGAGUGCCUAGAAACGGACAAGUUCCGAUUAACGUGUUUCCAGACGUUGACGGGCACCAAGUUCCUCUUGUUUACGGAUCCGUUGAUGGCGAAUAUCGAGGUGGUUAUGAAGAAGAUAUAUGAGCUGUAUGCGGACUUUGUUAUGAAGAAUCCAUUCUAUCAGUUGGAAAUGCCGGUGAGGUGUGAGGCGUUUGAUCGGAAUUUGCAGGGUUGGUUGAGGGGGAGGACUUGA